UCAAGCGCCACCCAGUAGUUCCGCGCGCUCAGCUGUGCGCGCGACACCGUGCGUGCGCAUACAUGCGAGUGUGCUGCGCGCGCCGCCGUUCCUGCGGAAUUCAGGAGACUGGUUGGACUCCGAGGGGCACUCAGCAAGAAAAUAAUGAACAACAAAUUUGACGCUCUAAAAGACGAUGACAGUGGAGACCACGACCAGGAACAAGGCUCACCGAAAGACAGUGAGAAGGAAAAGACUGAAGACGAGGACAAAGACCAAAACGCUUCUAAAAAGAAGGUGAGUGAGGACAGACUGAAGUGUUUACAGCCUUCUCCUGCAGGCAGUCGUGUGCUUGACAUCAUUUUGCCUUGUGUGCAGAUGGUUGUGCCAGGGGCAGGAGAGCACCCUCUUCAGUACAACUACACCUUCUGGUACUCUAGACGCACCCCGGGAAGACCCGCCAGCACUCAGAGCUACGAACAAAACAUCAAACAGAUUGGCAGCUUUGCUUCGGUGGAGCAAUUCUGGCGUUUCUAUAGUCACAUGAUACGACCAGGUGAUCUGACGGGCCAUAGUGAUUUUCAUCUCUUCAAGGAGGGUAUUAAACCCAUGUGGGAGGAUGAUGCGAAUAAGAUGGGUGGGAAGUGGAUCAUCCGUCUGCGGAAAGGCCUGGCAUCUAGGUGCUGGGAGAACCUGAUCCUGGCCAUGCUGGGGGAGCAGUUUAUGGUUGGAGAGGAGAUCUGUGGCGCUGUAGUGUCGGUGCGCUUCCAGGAGGACAUCAUCUCCAUUUGGAAUAAAACCGCAAGUGACCAGGCGACCACUGCUCGCAUUAGAGACACCCUCCGCCGAGUCCUGAACCUGCCUCCCAACACCAUCAUGGAGUACAAGACACACACAGACAGCAUUAAAGCAUGGGAAGACUUCCAUGGUCUGGUGAAUGCUAGUGGCGGACGCUGACCCCCUUACACAGAGAACCUCUGCAAGAGUGUGUGUGUAUAUAUGAUGGGGGAUGACCAGUCCAGGGAGGGAGACCUCUGUGUGGAUCUGCACUGUUCGACAUGAAGACAGAGCAAAAGUCAGGAACAGAGGCAAGACGACCUUCUUAGUGUCAAAUUGGAAACAGAAAAGCCUUUCAACACUGAAGCAAGCUGAAGAGCGAUGUGAUGCUUUUUUCUUUUCUUUUUUUUUAAACCAACCAGAUGGAAGUGACGCUCCUUUUUAUUAUCAUCAUUAUUAUUAUUUUUACAGCAAGUUGUUGCAACUGUAAGUUGCCACCAAAGCAGCCACGUGACCAGUGUUUGUGGAUCUGGUUUUGAGCUGUUAUCAAGUAAGUGAACUUGACAAGAAAACACCUUGUUAGUAAUGCUACAGAUCGCUGUGCAUAACAUCACACAUCUGCUGUUAUGUGUUAAUCAGUUUUAUUGGGGAAACAAACAGGGUUACAAGUAGAUGGUAUUUUAUUACAGUGCUCUUUUAUUACAGUUCUUCAGGCAUUUCCAAAGUAGAAAAUACGACUAUUACUGUAUUACUGUGUACAGUAUAUUUGGAAAUAGUCCUCUUCAAAGGUCACUUAAUUGAACUGGCGAUGACGUCUAUCUUUAAGAUGGAGAUGAGUCCAAAAGGAUGAGACCAUCCUGUGUUGGGCAGCAGGCUGCAUAACCAGCAUCCUAAAACCAGGCUGCUAAUCUGCCUGAAUCACUGUGCCUGAACCAGAACCGACUUUCUCUGCUGUUUGUUUAUGUCUUUACCGCACCUUUAAAGAAUCCAAGGGAUGGGCUCUGCUUUAUUAACGUCCUCGUCAAAGGUGUACAGAAGUCCUUAAAACUCUGACCAUCACUCCUUUUUUUAAGUUCGUAGUAAAAUACAUGAAAAAUGGGAGCGAGGUCAGGACCUGUUGCAGUUUUUGUCAAUCACGUGGGACCAUUUUUAGAGCCGUGGUGCCUAUAGUUUGUUGGAAAAACUGUAAUGCUGCCCAUGAUUGGUGGUGUGAUGAUGGGUGUGUGCGUGUGUCUGAGUCAAAGUGAAGAAACACUGUUGGAUGUACACCUGAUGGAUUACAGCAAUAAAUGUUAAAUAUGCA